GAGACAGCAGGAGAAAAGGAGGAAGGAGAGAUAACAGGACGUCAUGUUGAAGAAGAGGAGGAGAUGACGGCCUUAGAGGAUGGAGAAGCAGAGAGGAAAGAGGAAGCCAACCAUCCGUCAGAUUCCCAAAAGCCAUCACCUGCAGAAACGCUGAGUCAUGAAGAGGAAGAGGAGGAAGAGGAGGAAGAGGAGGAAGAGGAGGAAGAGGACUCUGCCAGAAACCAGAAUGAGGACGUUUAUCCCAGCUCAGCGAGCAGCGACAGAGAAACAACACAAAGUCUGACGGACACAAAGUCUGCUCGUCUGGAUCUGAGAGACGACGAGACGCAGAGUUUGGAGGAAAGACUCGAAAUAAAGACGUCGUCUCCGGGAGAAACCUCCGCCGUCGUCAGGGACGCUACACCUGGACCGCAGACAGCUUGCAGGUUGAGAGUGGCGUUGAUGGAUCCAGAAGCGUCACUAAUGGCCGAAGAAGAAGGAGGAGGACGAAGAACACAAAACUCAUCCAAUCCUGUGAUGGAGGCUGAGGAAGGAGAACCGGAUGAAGGUCAAAACUCUGGCCUUACGAACGGCAAGGCUGACAACAAGAAGAAGAACGGCAAGCCACAAGCGUCGAAGUUCAAAACCGUGUCGUACAGAAGGAUCCGGAGAGGAAACACCCGACAGAGGAUCGAGGAGUUUGAGGCCAUGAUGGAUUCGUAAUUUAACCAGAAAGAGUUUUUGUUCUGUUGGCUCUCUGAGCUCUUGUGGUUAAAGAUGAUAGCGGCAUCGUUUAGAGAAACGUAUAGGGGCCCAGGAUAGAGCCUUGUGGUACACCUUAAGCAUCAUAUUUUUGGGAAGAAACUGAAAUAAAGUAUAAAUGUAUAGUU